AUCUUUUGGUAUCUCCGUGAUGAUGUCCUUUUGACUGCUUCAGUCUCACAAAAGCAGUUUCAUUCGACCUAAGUAAAACGAAAACUGGCUCGAAAACCCCGCAACGAGAGUGAUCCAAUCCAGCACGCAGAACGACAGCACUGUUUCUUCGUACCCGAACCGACGCCAACAACCGACCACCAUGCCUAAAGGAUAUUUGAUUGCUCACGUCAAAGUCAAUGACUUUGAAGCCUUUACGCCCUACAAGGAACGCGCUUGGGAGUUGGUAGACAAGUACCACGGAAAAUGGAUCGUACGUGCCCCACUCGGAGGUGAUGUUCGUGAGAAUGCCAAUGGCAUUGCUAGCGGAAGUGCCACCGUUGUGGUGGAGUUUGAAAGUCUGGAACUUGCCAAAGCGUAUUACGAGUCGGAAGAUUAUCAGGCUGCCAUGAAGCUUCGUUUGAACAAUUCCGAAUCCACCUUUGUCCUCGUGGAAGGUGCCGAGUGAGCGAGAGAGGUGAAGUAGAAGUACUAGUGCUGGGCCAGUACCGUCCAUCGAAGGUUGCACGGAGGUGAUUACGUUCGAUGUACCGGUAGACAUAAAGUCUAGAGAGUUGAUGUUUGUCUUCU